GGUAGAUUCUGCCUCUCCGGUAGGGAGUGGUGACCUUCUGCGUCCUCGAACGUCAGUUCGUCACAAACUACAGACCUAUUCACAGUGAUUUUCUUUGCCUCUCUGUCCAUUUGUUCUAUUUUACGGUGCAAACAAGCCCGCCAAAAUGGUCUGGAAUACUGUCGACGAUAAGAUGGCUGGAAAACCAAACAUCAGCGCUCUGAAUGCGCAGAGCCACUUGGAGCACAUGUGUGCACUGGAUAUUGAGUCUCGUGCAUCCUUCGUACGUCUAUCUGGCAUCAUCUGCACCAUCGGACCAGUUUCCCGAUCCGUUGAGACCCUGGAGAAGAUGAUCGAGACUGGAAUGAAUAUUGCGAGAAUGAACUUCUCUCAUGGUUCCCAUGAAUAUCACGCGGAAACGAUUGCCAAUGUGAGACAAGCCCAGAAGAAUCUUUCCGACCGCAGUGGUAUCAACGUACCCGUGGCUAUUGCUCUCGACACUAAAGGUCCAGAAAUCCGCACUGGUCUCCUGGAAGGUGGCGGUGCUGCUGAAGUAGAAUUGGUGAAGAACCAGACCUUCAAACUUUCCACGGACAAGGUUUACGCUGAGAAGGGUAACGCUUCUACCGUCUUUGUGGACUAUGAAAACAUCUCCAAGGUCCUCAAGGUGGGCAACCGUGUCUUUGUUGAUGAUGGCCUUAUAUCUCUGGUCGUCACGGCCGUUGCCCCAAAUCAGAUUACAACCACCGUUGAAAAUGGAGGUAUGCUAGGAUCUCGUAAGGGUGUUAAUUUACCUGGAGUUCCUGUCGACUUGCCGGCUGUCUCUGAGAAGGAUAAGUCUGACUUGCAGUUUGGUGUCGACCAGGAAGUCGAUAUGAUCUUCGCAUCGUUCAUCCGCGAUGCCAAGGCUCUCACCGAAAUUCGCGGUAUCCUUGGCGAGAAGGGAAAGAACAUCAAAAUCAUUUCGAAGAUUGAGAAUCAGCAGGGUAUGACCAACCUUGAUGAGAUCAUCGAAGCCUCUGAUGGUAUCAUGGUCGCUCGUGGUGAUCUUGGUAUUGAGAUUCCACCUGAAAAAGUGUUCCUCGCUCAGAAGUGCAUGAUCAGUAGGUGUAACAAGGUUGGCAAGCCUGUUAUCUGUGCCACACAGAUGUUGGAGUCUAUGGUAAAGAAGCCACGUGCUACUCGUGCUGAAACAUCUGAUGUGGCUAAUGCCAUCCUUGAUGGCGCAGACUGCGUCAUGCUCUCAGGCGAGACUGCUAAGGGCGACUAUCCUCUCGAAUGUGUGCACACAAUGGCAAACAUUUGUAAGGAAGCUGAAGCAGCUAUCUGGCAGAACCAGAUCUUUACGGAUCUUUCUAGUAAGGCGAUACCACCAAUCGACGCUACUCAUGCAGUGGCUAUUGCCUCAGUUGAAGCAUCUGCCAAGUGUCUUGCUACUGCCAUUAUUGUCAUUACUACUUCCGGCCGCUCGGCCCAUCUUAUUUCUAAAUAUAGGCCACGCUGUCCAAUUAUUGCUGUCACCAGGUUCGCCCAGGUCGCGCGUCAAGCGCAUCUGUACCGUGGAAUUUUGCCACUGCAUUAUGGCGAGGCUGCUCUACCUGAUUGGCUGAAGGAUGUCGAUGUUCGUGUACAGUUUGGUCUGAACUUUGGAAAAAGUCGUGGCUUUUUGAAAACUGGAGACUCUGUGGUUGUUGUAACUGGAUGGAAGCAGGGUUCCGGUUUCACGAAUACUCUUCGUAUUGUGACCGUCGAUUGAAGAAUUGCCGGCUGGUCUGGUGUAGCAUAAGAACGAAGCUGGGGAUAGAUUUAAACAUGAAGGAUCAGCUGUCUGGUGAUAUUUCAACAUGUGUGUAAUCGUACAUCAACAUUAUAUAUUACAACGAUAUUGCUAUUUCAUUAUGUCACUGGUGACGCUGUUUUCUCCUAGAUUAGACCAAGUAUUACCUUACUGUUGAUACUGAAUACACACGAGUGCACUGCACACCUAGGCAGAAACAUGCAUUGUAAAAUACAUAAAAGAUUUCCAAAUAAAAUAUCGUGAGACAAUUUCAUGAAUUA